AUGGCUGAUCGUAACCAGAACGACAUUGGCUCCGAUAUGGACUCGCAGAUUCCCCGCAAUCCUUCUGUGGCCGUAACAGUCCCGGACUCCGACAAGGCUAUGCUCAACCACAUUUUACGUAUGACUGAUGCCGCAAGCAACUUUCAAUCUAUCGUAAACCCAGUACAAGCGCCUCCCCUCCAACGCGACCAUUUUUUGGAGGUGCAGCACAUCGUCGACAUUGUCCUCGGUCGUUACGGGACAGUUUGGUAUAAUCUCGCUCAAGGUCUAUUCAUUGAUUUGGCCACGUUCGUAUCUGAACAUCGCAACCUGUUCGCUAUCAAUGACAACUUGAACCAACAAAAGAAGCUUAUCCCAUGGGCGAACUAUCCGAAUGACCCACUUAUUCGGAACUACUUUACCUUCCAGACUAACGAGAACCGAACGGUCGAACAGUCUGUCAGAGCGCUCGUGAAUGACAUGGCGAACAGACAGAGUAAUUUCAGUGAGUUGACGCGUUAUGUUGGACAGCAGAUCAAAGCAAAAUUCGGGUGGUAG